GUAUAUAUAGGCAAUAGAUAUAUAAUACAAGUAUAAAUAUAGAAUGGAGAAGCAACAGAAAAAGAAAGAGGGAUAACAAAGAUAAAACUUCACUAAAUUGUAGCUACAGGUUUAUAACUAACUUUGUUGUGUGACUUUGUAGCUAAGUUCUCUUGUGAGGAAUAAGUCAGUUCCACCUUAAACAUGACUAGAGUAAGUGCACUAUUUAAGGUGGAACGGACAAUUCCUGUAAAGAGAUUUGCUGAGUGAACGAUAUGCUAGCUAGCUAUCAUUCUCCACCAUGCCAGCUAAAGCUAGCUAUGUAGGGGAAGCUACAUUUUUUUCUUUUUUUUUGCAUGCGUGCCUCUCGCCAUGCGUUGUGUCUGCAUCUGCUAAUGUACGGUCACGUGACAGAAGAGCCCGAGCAGAGCCUGUCCGUCAGACGCAUAGGAAGCAGCACGAGCGCGUCCCUGCAGCAGCACGCGCCAGCUAAUAAUCAUAAUAAUACUAAUAGAGCCGAGCGGUUCUCACGCACGUAGGCGGGCAUUGGGCUAGUAGAGGGGGCAUCAUGGACGUGUCUACCCACAGUCUGUUCCUCCUCCAGCAACUGAAUGUCCAAAGAGAGUUUGGUUUCCUGUGUGAUUGUACCGUAGCUAUUGGCAAUGUAUACUUCAAAGCCCAUCGAGCAGUGCUGGCUGCCUUCUCCAACUACUUUAAGAUGAUCUUCAUCCAUCAGUCCAGUGAGUGCAUAAAGAUCCAGCCCACUGAUAUCCAGCCAGAUGUCUUCAGCUACCUGUUGCACAUCAUGUACACAGGCAUGGGCCCUAAGCAGCCUGUGGAUCAGAGCAGGCUGCAGGAUGGCAUCAAGUUCCUUCAUGCAUACCAGCUGUGCCGGAAGGCAGGUGAAGGCGGUCCUGACGCUUCCUCCGAUGCCAUUCGCAUGUCCAACCUGUACGGCAUCCAGAUCUCCUCCCAGCUGACCACUAAAGAGUCGUCAGGCCUGAAGGCUGCCAGCACCUCACGAGAUCCAGAAGAUGGUCGCUCCAGUGCUCGGGCCGAGCGUGCUCUUGCAGGCCGACCUGCUCUUGCUGUGGGUCUUGAAGGACUUCCAAUGGAUCGCCAAUCCCGAAGCCUCCGCGGGGUCUCCUCUGUGGCGUCGGGUGACGAUUCAAAUUCUAUUUCAACCAGGAUCAAGCAGGAGAGGGUAGAGGAGGAAGAGCAAGAAGAAGGGGAGGAGGAACACCAGGCGUCUGGCUCGCUCCCCUCAGCCAGGGGCAGCCCUUGUCAGAUGGCUCUUUUCAAGGAUGGUCCUUUGGCACUGCUGUGUCCUCGAUGUGGCGCGCGGUGCCUGUCACCGGAGGGCUUGCAGGAACACCUUUUCAGUCAUGCUGCCUGCACCCUGGAGCCCUCUAUCAGCAGCUUGAUGGAGGGGGGGCCCUCUGAAGAUGGUGUUGGAGAUGCCAGGGGACCAGAAGACAGGCGGGCUCAGAAUGAUCGCGUGGACAGAGGCACUUUAGAGGAGGCCUUGCGGCAAAGCCAGGCACUUGCUGACGAGUUGGCAGCAGAGUUGAAGCGAGGGGCCAGUAGCCCGACAGCAGGUUUCACCCGCAAAAGGAAAAUGGCCUGUGCUGUGUGCAACCUGCGCUUCUCCCACAAGAGCCAGCUGCAGGAGCACAUGUUCGCCCACGUGGGUAAGCCCCUGCGCUACCACCGCUAUGGUCGCUUCUGUGGCCAGCUCCUGCAUGGCUGCGAGGGAACACCAGACAUCGCAGCCGUGGCCACAGCAGCUGAGGAGGCCAUCCGGGACACUCAGGACAACGGCAGCUCCUGCUACUCGCUGGACUCGGAGGUGUCUCAAGAGAGUGUAGAUGCUGUGACUGUGCAGUGAUGCUCUGCUAUUCAAUGGACCUUUGCACUGACUUGCAGUCUCUACUCGUGGAAGAUGUUCUUCAGCUUUGACCUCAGACACACUCUUUUCUUGUCCUGUUUCAUACAAUUUCCCCCUUGUUUGAGUUCAAGAAGUGCUGUUUCUAAAACCCCUGUGUUGACGAGUUCAGUGUUGGUGUAUUUUUUGUGAAUGUAACUGAGCACUGCUUGACUGAUGAGCCAGAUGUUGUGUUUUGUAUUUUCUAAGAGUGUUACGACUGACACUGCACAUGAAACUAAUCCAGCUCAGACAAUGAAUUUGAAAUCGAGCCAAACUGUGCUAGCAAACAGCUACAUAAGUGCAGAACUGUUUUAUGAAUGUUUUGCAGCCAAUUCUGAUUCCUGAACAGUCCACCUUAAUCCAAAAGAGCCCAUACCCAUUUCUGAAUCAUACUACAAAUUUCUAAAUUAAAUUGGUAAACGUCCAUUAAGGAUUAUAUUUUCUGUGAUAUAUUUUCUAUUUAUAUAUGAUCAGGAUGUACUAUCAUUUAUU